AUGGGGACGGGGGGGGAGGGUGGGGGCAGGUUGGGCGGACCCGAGCGGGGCGGUCACCUAAACGGCGGUUCCGGUGGUGCGUGGUGGGCAACGGCGGGGGGGGCGGUGGUUGGGGCGGGGGGUGCGGGGGGGGGAGCUUUGCUCGGGUUGGAUGGGAGAAGGACCUGUGUAGGUGAGGAUGGCGUGGUGCGGGUGGCUGGUGUGGGUGUUGUGCAGCUGGGUGGGUGGUGGGUUGUGGGUGGGUAG